AUGGACCCCGAGCCCCGCCCGCCAGGAAGCGCUGGUUCUAAGAAGGGAAUAAAGUUCCUGCUGGAAGAACACGCUGUGCGCCGUGCGAGUGGAAAGGAACAAACAGCCGCUCCCACGCGGCCGCCCGCGCCCGCGAUGCUGGCAGCCGAAGGGGCCGUUGCCGCCGCGGCGGAGGCAAGAGCCGGGCUGGAGGAGCCGGCCCCCCCGCGGUCCUGCCUGCACUUGGAGGUCAGAGGCUCCCCGCGGCGGGUCCUCACCCCCUGCGCUGGGACCGACGGGGUGGGGGUGGGAUCGCGCCGGGUUGGGGGGGGGGGUGCGGCGCGGGACCCCGGGGCGCGCGCCUCCUCGGGCUCGGCCACCCCCGCCCGCUUCCCGCGCGGUCCCCGCCCGCGCCCGCCCGCCGCGCUCGGAAAGCCCCCGCGGCUCCUCCUACCCUCGAGGGGCUUUCUCCAGCCUCCGGUGACUCGAGUCUUGGAGCGCGGCCGCCCGGCGCGCGUUUCCGCCGAGCUGGAGCGCGCAGAGCCCUCCUGCUUUUCUGGGGCUGCCGGGGACAAGGGGCGGUGA